AUGGCAAUCGGAGACGAAUAUCACGUAGGUCAUGUCCGUGCAUCAAAUCAACAACGGUAUCUUAUGGAGUUUAUUGGACAGACCGAUCAACAGGCGCUUGGAAUCCUCGGCCUUCAACUGCUCAGGCUAGCAACCGAGCAUGCUUUCAGCGAGACAUCAAGCAUAGAGCGGACUCGAAUACCACCCCCUUUGCUGGAAUGCAUCGUGGAGACGCUUAAACCGAUCGUAUCGAUGUUUGGUGCCUCCCCGCCGCCAGAAGCGGGCCCUUCUUCCAAGAGUCCCCCUGCCUCCAAGGGGGGUUCCAAGACAAGAAAAUCUUCGAAACCGACAUCCAGCACCCGCACGGCCAGCUCACAGUCGCCUCCCUCCGUCCGAUCCCCUCUGCAUGACACUGUCAGUGUCAGCUCUACCCCGUCUCCAGCUUCUAGUAUCCCAGACAACGGGCGAUCUCCCAUGGUCCGAAUCGUUGAGCGGAACAGCAACACUUACGACGCGCGCUCCAUUGUGGGCUGGCACCCUUCCAUGAAGAAUGGAGAUCACGUGAGCCUCACAAGAAAGAUUGGUGCCGGUUUGGUAGCCGAUGCUUACCGUGGAGAGUACAAUGGCCGGCCUAUCGUAGCCAAGAUUGUCUCCAAUCAUCAGGAAGAAAAGCGAGAGGCGCUAUGCCAUGAGGCAGAGAUUUACAUGCCUCUUCAGGCGGAGUGGGGUCGGGCGGUGCCAUCGUUUAUGGGGCUCUUCGAGGGCCAGAAGAAGUCACUCCUUCUGCUGUCGUAUGAGGGCCAACCCAUCCCGGACAUGAAAUCACACUGGCACGAUAUUGGCAGUCUCUUGCGCCGUAUACACCUCAGCAUAGAACACAACGACGUUGCUGAGCGCAACAUUUUGCAAAACGCGGAUGGAAGACUGUGUCUCAUCGGCUUCCAUGCCGCAACACGGCAUGCUGGCCAUCCUUGCACAGGCAGGUGCAAGGAGUUGCGACUGCAUCUAUUACGAAGCAAGGAGGAUUCACCAGACCAUGUUGCCGUGGACGACUGGGCCAUCGAUCUGGGCGCCAAUUGGAACGACGCCAUCGCAGCCUGAGUUACUCACGAAUAUGUGAUCCUUGAUCACAGGAGCUGCAACGCUAUCAGCUUCCUGCAAGGCGACCCGAAAUC